GACAGCCAGACAGCGCCGGGGUCGGCGAUGGUGCCGGCGCCCGGGAGCGCCCUGCUGGCCGCGCUGCUCGCCGCCGGGCUGGCCGCGGGCAGCUCGAGAGCUCGUGGGCAGCUGGGGGCUGUGAGCCAGCCUGGGGUGUGUCACUACGGCUCCAGGUUGGAUUGCUGUCCUGGCUGGAGAAAGAACAAGGGCCACUGUGAAGCUACCUGUGGACAUGGUUGCAAGUAUGGCGAGUGCAUGGGACCAAACAAAUGCAAAUGUUUCCCUGGAUUUACAGGGAAAACCUGUAAUCAAGAUCUGAAUGAAUGUGGACUGAAGCCACGUCCUUGUGAGCACAGAUGUAUGAACACACAUGGCAGCUACAAGUGCUAUUGUCUCAAUGGGUACAUGCUCAUGCCAGAUGGCACAUGUGCAAGUUCUAGGACAUGUGCCAUGGUGAAUUGUCAAUAUGGAUGUGAAGAAGUCAAGGGACAGGUGCAGUGUCUCUGUCCAUCAGGUGGCCUUCAGCUGGGACCAAAUGGAAGGACAUGCAUUGACAUCGAUGAAUGCUCCACUGGCAAAGCUGUCUGCCCGUACAACCGCCGAUGCGUCAACACGUUUGGAAGCUUCUACUGCAAGUGCCAGCUGGGAUAUGAACUAAAAUACACCAGUGGCCGCUACAACUGUGUGGAUGUAAAUGAAUGCGUGACAAAUAGACACAGGUGCAACCUCCAUGCAGAGUGCCUCAACACACAAGGAUCCUUCCAGUGCAAAUGCAAACAGGGCUACCAAGGAAGUGGGUUUGAUUGUGCUGCUAUCCCUGAAAAGUCAGUGAAGGAAAUUGCAAGAAGCCCUGGAACAGCUAAAGACACAAUUAAGAAACUUCUUGCACAAAAAAGCAGUGUGAAAAAUCAUAAAAAAAUCAAGAAUGCAAUCCAAGAAGCAGCUGUGACCCCACCUUCUAAGAUGCAGUUGCUGGACUAUGAAGUUGGUAUUGAUCUUGGUGGGAGCUACAGUGAGGAAGAGAAAGAAACUGCAGCUGCUGCAGAAGAGGUGGGACAAAAGUCAGAUGAAGAGGAGAAGGAAGAUUUUGAAAACCAAAUUGAUGAGCGAAGCCUUAGAGGGGAUGUCUUUUUUGAUUGCAGCUUCAGUCGAGGGGUUUGUGACUGGAAACAAGAUGCUGAUGAUGACUUUGACUGGAAUCCUGCUGAUCGAGAUAGAGGUGAUGGCUUCUACAUGGCAGUUCCAGCUUUUGUGGGACACAAGAAUGAUAUGGGGCGUUUAAAACUUCUCCUCACUGACCUCAAACCAAAGAGCAGCUACUGCUUGAUUUUCAGUUAUCGGCUUGCUGGUGAGAAAGUGGGAAAGCUUCGAGUGUUCCUGGCAAACAAAAAAUCUACUCCUGUCUGGGAAGAGAACAAAGGAAAAGAUGAAAAGUGGAGAACUGGAAAAAUAGAGAUAUUUCAGGGGGCUGAAACAACCAACAGUAUCACAUUUGAAUCAGAACGUGGGAAGGGUAAAACUGGAGAAAUUGGAGUGGACAAUGUUAUGCUAAUUUCUGGUCCAUGCCCAGAAGACACCUGAUAAUGGACAUUUAACUAUACCAGAUUUAAUCCUAUUUUUCACAUUUUAUUAGUAGUGUAUUUUUUGUAUUCUUUUUUAAUUAAAAAACAAA